UAUAAACUAUCAAACCCGACACUGGAGAUGGAGGCCGCGUGUGCGCCUGCGUUAAUGCCGGACUCUGAAAAUAAAGAGAGCCGCGGUGACACGGACUCGGCCGCAGCGCGUGGAGGGUCGAGUGAGCCGAGUGUGAGCCUCCAGCAGCCCCUGGCGGAAAGUCGGAGCUCAGCCAGGCGCAGGUUCAUACGCACUAAUCUGUGGUUCUCGGAAUCAGAGGAUCACGGAACGGAGACGCCCGAAUGCGGCGACAGCAUCAGCACCGGUGUCCGCGUCGGGAACGCGCGCAGAACCAGAUACCGAAAGAGCUCGAGCGCGGGGAGUCCGGUGCGGUCCGCGAGCUGCAGCGACGCACCGGGACAGAAAAGCGAAGCCGAGCACAGGCAAGACCCCGCCACCGCCACCACCACCACUACCACCACGAGCUCCACCGCCGCCGCCACCGCGAGCACCGCCGCCGGGAAGGACGAGCCCGGGCACGCGGAGGAGGAGGAGGAUGAAGAAGAGGAAGCCGGGAUGACGGCGGUCAGCACUUCACCCAGCGGCCGCUUCCUCAAGUUCGACGUGGAGCUCGGCAGAGGCUCAUUCAAGACCGUGUACAAGGGUCUGGACACAGAGACCUGGGUGGAAGUGGCCUGGUGCGAACUGCAGGACCGUAAGCUGUCUAAAGUGGACCGUCAGAGAUUCAAGGAGGAAGCAGAAAUGCUGAAAGGUCUCCAGCACCCCAACAUUGUUCGCUUCUAUGACUUCUGGGAGUCUCCCGUCAAAGGAAAGAAGUGCAUCGUCUUGGUUACUGAACUAAUGACAUCGGGCACAUUAAAAACGUACUUGAAGCGCUUCAAGGUGAUGAAACCAAAGGUGCUGCGGAGUUGGUGCAGGCAAAUCCUCAAAGGUCUGCACUUUCUGCACACACGCACGCCUCCCAUCAUCCACAGAGACCUAAAGUGCGACAACAUCUUCAUUACAGGCCCCACAGGUUCAGUAAAAAUCGGGGACCUGGGCUUGGCUACGCUCAAGAGGGCUUCCUUUGCCACCAGUGUCAUUGGCACGCCUGAGUUCAUGGCUCCAGAGAUGUAUGAAGAGCACUAUGAUGAGGCCGUAGAUGUGUAUGCGUUUGGCAUGUGCAUGCUGGAGAUGGCUACAUCUGAGUAUCCAUACUCCGAGUGCCAGAAUGCUGCUCAGAUCUACCGCAAAGUCACCAGUGGUGUCAAGCCAGCCAGCUACAGUAAAGUCCCAGUUCCAGAAAUUAAGGAGAUCAUAGGGGAGUGUAUCCGCUAUCACUGGGAGGAGAGAUACUCCAUUAGGGAUCUGCUGAAUCAUGCCUUCUUUGCAGAGGACACUGGCGUCAGGGUAGAACUCGCUGAGGAAGAUGAUGGCAAGAAAACAUCGAUCGCGCUCAGACUUUGGGUGGAGGAUCAGAAGAAGUUAAAAGGGAAAUACAAGGACAGUGGUGCAAUUGAGUUCACCUUUGACCUCAACAAAGAGGUGCCUGAGGCUGUUGCUCAAGAAAUGGGUGACUCUGGUUUAUUCCUGGAGAGUGACUUAAAGAUUGUUGGCAAGUCAAUCCGGGAUCGCGUAGCUCUCAUAAAAUGGCGUAGGGAGCGGACCAUCUCCAGGGCCAAAAGCGAGACUGAACAAAAAGUCACUGAGGACCAUGUGCCUCAGGAUCUCUCUCUUAGGUUGGCACAGAGUGCCAUGCCCAGUGCUCAAACCGAGCCUGGGGAUCAUGACAGUGAGUCGGUCAACCUCUCUAGUGGCCCCACCAGUUCGACUACAUCAGACAGCAUUGCCGGCCCUACAGCAAUCUCAGAUGUUUUGCAUAACCAGCAAAGCAUAAUUUACCAUGAGUCCAGCACUGCAUCUCGGAAAGUCCUUAGUCCACCAGGGCAGCUCCUUACUCAGUUUCAUCAUGUGACCCAACAGCAACUAACCUCUCAGCUUUACCUGGAGGCUCAAAACCAGAUAGCUGCUCAGCUGCAUUCAGGAGCACAGCAAGUACCUGUGGCCCAGUACAAGCAAGAGAUCGUACAACAACUGGUGGAUCCACAGGAUCCCACUGUCCAGCUGCACCAAGUGGCCCAGCAACAGCCCAUCACCCAGUUACAUCCAGAGGACCAGCAGCAACCGACAUUACAUCUCCACCAUGGAGCGCAGCAACAACAGCCUGCUGCCCAGUUACUCCAGGGGGUCCAGCCACAAGGAACACAGCAAAACCCCACUGUGCAGCAUCAUGUAGCCCAUCAGCAGCCUUCAUCAGUAGCACAGUGCCAACAGGAGGUCCAACGACAAACUGUAGCACAGGUUUAUCAUGGAACUUAUCAGCAAUCCACUACUUCGAUACAUCAAGGAGCCUUUCUGCCACCCUCUGUACAGCUCAAACAGAGUCUUUACCAGCAGUCUCCUCCACCAACUGGUAAAUUGGUUCAGCCUCGUACUAUAUCAGCUCCUGCAACCCCAGCAGCAACUCUACCACAAGGACAGGAGUUUCACCUCUAUCUCCAUCCUGCAGCUUUCCUGUCCCAGACAUUAGCUAAUCUACAGCCAGUAAUGGAGUCAACUUCUGAUGGACAGACACAUCCUCAACAUCUGCAUCAACCAGCUUCUGCAAUGCUCAGCACUACCCAGCCUUCUCAAGCACAGCACCCAGUUCAUGGCACACCCAUACUGCAGCCUCUGCAGAUUUCCACUCAGUUUUCUUCACCAUACUCCAUUAUGUCAACAGUGAGCACUCCUGCCAGAAGUGAAGCAGUAACAUUUUCCCCUAUGACAUACAGUACCCCCUACCCCAGUAGUGCUCCUCCAGUACCUCCAUCCUACUACUCCCCCAGUCCAGUCCAUGUCCCGCUACCACUCGUAGCUGCGCAAAACAUGUCCUCUAUACCUGGAGCAGGUACACCACAAACCCCAGCAUCAGCUCCUCUGGGAUCAGUUCUAGGCAUUACCAUUUCUCCAUCCCUCAUACCACCACAACAGCAGGUACACCCUUCUGUUCUUCCACCGGAGGGUUCUCCCCUUCAGACCCAACCCAUGCAGUCAUCUCUGCCCCUCUCUCAUACAUUGAUGCAACCACCGCCCUCCUUUCUUCCACAAGAGCCCUGUAUCUCUGCACCACAUGCACAGGAUGAAACCCUAGUACAUGCGCAUGCAGACCCAACUCAGAUCACGUCUCUUCCACACAGAGAGGAAUCUGAACAACAAUUUACUGCAGAUACUUGUGUGAGCACCAUGAAGAAUGUUCCUGUGGUACCUCUGCAACCUGCUGGAAUGCAGACAACAGCUGCAGCAGGUCAAAGUUGCACUGAACCAAGCAAUACUCAGCAGAUCCAGGAGACGGCAUCUGUAUUCAGUCCUCCUGCAUCUGACCCAAGCCAUGAGGAGCCAGUACCCAUGCCACUCCCCAUCUACACAUGUGACAGUUUGAAUUCAGAUGCAGCUUCUGGUAAGGAGAUGAGUGACAGUUACGAUGGCACCAUCAGUGGUGGGAAAAGUGAAGGGAAACCCCGAAAACAUCGCAAGUCUGCUCGCACCCGUUCACGGCAGGAGAAGACCAGCAAACCCAAACUCAGCAUACUCAAUGUUUGUGAUACUGGUGAUAAAAUGGUGGAAUGUCAGCUGGAAACCCAUAACCACAAAAUGGUGACGUUCAAAUUCGAUCUGGACGGGGAUGCACCAGAGGAAAUAGCAACUUACAUGGUGGAAAAUGGCUUCAUUCUGCCCUCAGAGAAGGAGAUAUUCAUUGAUCUGCUAAAAGACAUUGUAGACAAGGCCGAGGACAUGCUAAGUGAGGAAGUAGAAGGGGAAAGACCCAGUGUACUGAGGGAUACCCCACUUGAAAGCAGCUCUUCUGGAGGAGUGGGGGAUGAGAGUCUUAGAGGACACAAGGGCAGUGCGUCUCAGCCUGUUUAUCAACAGAAUGUGCUUCUGACUGGUAAGAGAUGGUUCAUUAUCUGCCCUGUGGAUGAGCCCAGUGUCAGUCAGGACGUGUCCUCAGAGGGAGCUACAGCCACAACCCAUACAAGUGGACUGAGUGAUGGCACUGCACAGACUCAGACUGCUGACAGCAGCACAGCACAGCCAGUGGAACACUGCACUGCACCUGCUUCUACAGAUUCGACAGGUUAUGCCACGGCUCCACCAUCUGGUGGUAGUGAUGCUCAUGGAUUCAGCCCACAAUCUCUGACCACCGUAGACCCUUUAUCUUUGGUUACACUCUCUACCACUCUGCCAGUGCAGUCUGUAAAUGGCCCAAUUACACCAACCCAUGCUGCCCAACAGGUGGCGGAUCUGGUCUGUGCUACAUCAAGAGCUGAGGAUGUACCCUGCUGCCCUCUAGUCAUGCCCUUAGCACUGGAUACAGGUGUGGGCACCCAGCGCUCCUCACCAGUGACACCUCCCCUCAUGCAGGACACUCACGGCAUUGUACUGCAGCAGCCGUUUGCAUCUGUCGGUGGUGCCAAGCCCCCUUCUCUGCCCCAGAGCCCUGCCACCUCUCAGCACCAUCAUGCCCCCAACGAAUCCGAUGGGGAAAGUCGGGCCCGGGUGGGGUUUGUGGACAGCACCAUCAAGACACUAGAUGAGAAGUUGAGAAAUCUACUGUAUCAGGAAUAUGUGCCCAUGUACCCAUCAGGGUGUGUAGCAGAGACUCCAGGCUCAGGAACAGAGUAUGUGCAGUCUCCACCUGGACCAGAGAGUGCGACAGUGGGGUUGGGUAGCAGCACAACUAAAACGAUUGGAGAUGGACGCAUAAGAGCUGGGGAGCAACUGCCGCAGAUUCCAGAGCGAGUUGACAGCCUAAGCGACUCUGCCGUUGCUGUUACAGUGUCAAAGAAACCAAUAAUGCCCCACUCCACGUCCUGCUCGAGCUCCAGGAGUCGCUAUAAGAUGACAUCCGGUGCUCCUGACUUCCUUUCUGGGACCCAGAGGAAGCAGCGAAGUUGGAGCAGCACAGCUUCUCCAGCACACCCUGGUCCUGGUUAUGGGGAGCACAGCAUUUACACCGACAGAAGUGCUGCGAUCUUUAACAUGGAGGACAACGAAACCACACGCAGAAAACACAGCAGCAGGAAUUCAGCUCCGCCUGAUUUCUGCCUGGACCCGCUGUCCUCCCUCAAUGAGCGUAGCUGCCUGCCACAAGCUCGCACGUCCAUCUCAGCGGAUGUCCACGCUCGCUUCAUGUCUUCUGACUCUGGUGCAGAAAGCAGCCCAGCCAAAAUGGUGCCUCCUACACCAUCUCGCUCAGAAAGGCGAGGAAGCGACCUCAUGAAAAGGGCGGUGGCCUUCCUGAGGCGUUCGGGCCGCAGCAGCAGCGUGCAGAGCUCUGAUUCCCCCAGCAGACAUGGUGGCACAUAUGGCUCGUACCUGAGCAGCGAUAAUGACUCCGAGAUAGAGGACAUGGACAUUAAAAAUGAACUGCAGAGACUGAGGGAGAAACAUAUGAAGGAAAUUUCAGAGCUGCAGGCUCACCAGCAUGAUGAAAUUGAGCUGCUCUAUCGUCGGCUUGGUAAAGCCCCUCCUUCUGGCAUUAGCCUUGCAUCAACAUUGCCACCUGCUGGACGAAGACGUAAAGCCAGCAAGCACAAACUUAGGGCAAGCAAACUGCUUAGCCCUCUGGUCCAGCAGAUAAGAAGCGUCACCAAAACUAGCGACAGCAGCAAACCUGCUGAGUCUGCUGUGAGCAUGAACGGUUCUCCAGCCAAAGCCUCAGAAGGGUGUGCAAGUCGCUCUUGCUCUGGGACUGACACUUUACCCAGCUCUGUAUCAGAACCGGUCCAAACCCAGCAGCCCUGCUCCCUCAAAACGUCAAUGUCAUCUGAUAACAUCUGUUCUGGACUACAGGGGAAGGGAGCUGAAGUGUACAGCCAUCCAGCACAGGGCUGGUCUCCUCAUCCCCCAGCAGCUGAGAGGGUCACCUAUAAAUCCAGCAGUAAACCACGUGCUAGAUUCCUGAGUGGGCCUGUUUCUCUCUCCAUCUGGUCAACGCUGAAACGGCUCUGCCUGGGGAAAGAACGUGGAAACAGGACAGCAGGUCCUCCAGGGGCAUCCAAUUAUCCCCAGAUUCCCCCAGAUUCAACCCCCUCACCACGUCACCCAGCAGUGGGGGUAGCGCAAGCACAAAGCAACAACAGCAACAACAACAAUGACCUUUGCUCUGAGGAUCUGCAGAGGUUGGUGGACACGUGGGGCCCCAAACUACCUUGUUCAAUCGCUCACUCCUUCAGCCUGAGAUCACAGCAAGCCACCAGAGCUAGAACCAGGAGUGCUGAAGGGGUGCUUCCAGGCUCAGCAGCAGUCGCUUCUGCUUCACUACUUUCCUUCUCCUGGCCCAGGAUUAAUUCCCACGCCUACUCUGAGAUGACUGAACCCUUGCUUACUCUCGAGGAUGGGUCAGUGCAUGACAACCAUUUUGAAGAAUUUCAAAGUAGUCCAGUGUACAUUACUCACUGGCCUGCACUGAGCUUUGCUCUUGAACAGGGAGGGUUCAUGUUCUCCACAGUAGCCUCUUCCUGGACCAGACAGUCAUCACCACCAGACACCCUCUUAUCACAAAACAGGACUCCUACACCCAUGUUUCCCUUGUUGUAGCAUCAGCUUCAUUUCUCUUCAGUAUUAUUGGUACCUUGAACAACCUUAUAUUUUAAAAGCAUGCACAGUCAAUCCUGAAUAUUUUAAAUAUUCAUGCAGUUGAUAUUAUAUUAACAUUUUUCCCGGUAGUUGAAUAUGUACAUUUCCAUGAUUUAUGUACAGUGUAUUUUUACAUCAAAGUUCGAAAAGUUACAUCAUGUGCAUACAAUCACACCCAUGAUGAUCUAUUAACAGAGUUACUGUUGUACACUUUGUUUGAAAUGCCUGUACAACACUGUAUAUGAGCAUAUCCAAAUGUAGCUUGAGGCCCUCUUUAAAGUAUUAAUACAGCUUAUUUAUUUAUUUAUUUAUUUAUCACUGUGACCCAUUGAGACCUUCCUGCAGUAAUUAGUGCUUUAUACCAAGGAAUCUGGACAAGUAGAUAUAUUUGUUUAAAUAGAACUUGUCAUUGGCCUGGAGGAGCAAAGGAGACAUUUUCAUACUGACUGAUGAUUCAAGGUGGAGUUUACAUGAGUGCCUUGAACAGCAAGUUUGGACCCACUGGGUGAGCGGCAAUACCAAUCCAUGAAGAAAAUCAACAACCUGCUUUUUUAUGUAGGGAGAAGGUCCCUGAAGAUGAGUACAGGAAAUCAUGUUGUAAAUAAAAAGCUGCAAAUCAUCUUCCCAUCAUUUAAUUUGCAGGACUUUGUGCUGAAUUGGCCAUCUAGGACAAACUGACGAACACCCAGGCAAUAUUUAAACACAAAGACACAGUGCGGGAUUUGUAAAAUGGCCAAGGUUGGUGGUGAAGUGUGCAGAACCAGAAUGUUGAAAGUACAGGAAGUGUACAAGGUGUGUUUAAAAUGAGGUGUGUAUACCCGGGGAUACAGCAGAGAGUUCAUGUACACUAUUUGUAAUAUUACACUGUGCUAUAGCAUAGACUGUGUGUGUGUGUGUGUGUGUGUGUGUGUGUGUGUGUGUGUGUGUAGAUGGCCACUUUCUAAAUGCGAAACAAUUUUAGUGUAUUCAAAAUGCAGUCUCCUCAUCCCCCCUUUUGUCUAUCCAAUCAGAAUAAUGUAUAGACACAUCUGCUUUGUGUAAGAAAAUGCCUUACUCCACAGAAUGACUCGAAAACAGUUUACCGAAAUGUAUAAAUGUGUUGUUCCAUAAUCGAACUGUACAAAAAAAACAUUCUUUAUAGAACUAAAUACGUGUACACUUGUACAGUGUAUAGUUAUAAGGCUAAUACUUUAACCAGCUUUUCCAUAUUUUCUGCUUAUGUAUCUUAGCUAUGCAAAAAUGCCCAGAAUAAUGAUAAUGAUGAUGAUGAUGAUAAUAAUAAUAAUAAAAAUAGUGCAUUACUGCCAUGAGGUUCUUUGCUUGUAUAUGCUUGCACUAAAAUCCCACUGUGCUCACCAUGUCCUGUUCUUCCUGUGUUUGCAGACUAAGUCCUAGUCUGGACACUGUUUGCAAGAUUAGAUAUUAAAAUCUCAUGUUUACCUGAA